CCAGGAAGAAAAACACCUAAAGGUGUGGCUUUAUCAUUGUUGAGACACACACCUGUAACCGAAAGCCAUUAAAGGACGCUGCUGGCGGCGUCCAUUUUAAUCUACAAUUGAGAAUACAAAAUGGUGGAACAAGCACUAGAAGCGAGCAGUGCCAUUUCCCCUCAGGCUGGACCUGGCGAGGUGGAAAACCACAUUCUCUCUGAUAUCAACAUGAGGAGAGCUACUCAACUGAUUGGCCGUCAACUGGCUCAGAUCGGAGAUGAACUGAACAGCAGGUGGAGGGAGAAGCUCCCACAGCAACGACACCUAGACUGGCAGGUUUAUCCAAACAUAUUGAUCUGGAGAGUCAAUAGGAGGCUUAUUGGCAUCCUUCAAUGGUCCAAGUUCAUGCCGAUGAUAAGAGGAUCCAGGCUGGUUCCAGAGCUGCACACACAAGCUUUCCAAGCAACUAUGAAGUGGAUCGACUGGGUAAAGCCACACUUUCCUGAUUGGUCCUGCAAGACAAAAUGUUUUCUAGUUUCUGCUGCCCUGCUGGUAGCUGUAACUGUCUUUACUGCAACCAAGAUUUAAGCCACCAUCCAGAAAAGGGCCAAGAGCGGGUCUUUGGCGGGUCUUCGAGUGGGUCAAGAAGGAUUUGUGUUCAUUUUUUAUAAUAAUUUUAUAUGAUUGUUUUCUACCUGACUGCAACUUGAGUGCUGGUUCACACGAUAUUUGUAAGUUGUUUGAUGCCGUUGUUGGUUUACAGUAAGGUCUGUUGCUGGUUAAUUGGGCCAUAUUCAUUCUCUUACCUCUUCCUCUAAAAAAAAAAUUGCUAUACUAUUAUAGGAAGCUGGACUUUCAAUUUGAUGUUUUCACCUUAAUGCAAAUAAUAAUAAAAGCUGUUGGAUGGAA